GUGUGUGUGUGUGUAUCUGUGUUGUGUUGCGGGGAGUGUCGUUGUGCACUGUGCCCAUCUGCACGUUGUGCGCCUGACUCACACCCCCUCCGGCCCGCCCAGGGCCCCCUCCCGCGCAGGGGUGUGAUUGGCCGUGGCGUGGCCGGUGUGUGCACAUCUCUUGGCGCGGGUGUGUGGUGGGGAGCGUGUGGCUCGGUGUGCGACACCCCCCAACACACACACACCCCCGGCCCGACCCCGGAUCUCCCCGUCUGGCCUGCUCCCCCUUUUCUCGCCUCGCACGGUGGGAAGGUGACCCAUGCGCUGUGCCCCAGUUGCGAUCUCUGACACACGCAUCACGUCCGCACCCCGAACCGGCCCGUGUCCACCAUGGAGCUGCAGAAGAUGGAGGAGCAGGAGGGGCUGGAGAUGUUAAACGGGUCUGUCCCGGAGUGUGACAAAGCCAGCGGCCUGGAGGAUGGGGACCCCGCGGCGGAGGUGACGGCGGCCGAGCAGGAGGGUUUCCUGCCCCACGCCACCAGCAAGAAGCUGAACCAGUUCACCGACUUCGAGGGGAAGACGUCGUUUGGGAUGUCGGUCUUUAAUCUCAGCAACGCCAUCAUGGGCAGCGGCAUCCUGGGCCUCGCCUACGCCAUGAGGAACACGGGCAUUGUGCUGUUCAUCGUGCUGCUGAUCUGCAUCGCCGUGCUCUCUGCUUACUCCAUCCACCUGCUGCUGAAAUGUGCUGGCGUUGUAGGGAUCCGCGCCUACGAACAGCUGGGUUACCGGGCAUUCGGCCCGGGCGGCAAGGUGGUGGCGGCGGUGGUCAUCUGUGUGCACAACACGGGAGCCAUGUCCAGUUACCUGUACAUUGUGAAAUAUGAGUUGCCUCUAGUGAUCCAGACGUUCCUGGGCCUGUCCGCGAACACGGAGAACUGGUACAUGAACGGCAACGUGCUAAUCAUCAUCGUCAGCGUCUGCAUCAUCCUGCCCCUGGCACUCAUGAAACAUCUUGGCUAUCUGGGGUACACCAGUGGGCUCUCGCUGACCUGCAUGGUCUUCUUCCUCAUCUCCGUGAUCUACAAGAAGUUCCAGAUCUCCUGCCCGCUGAACGGGACCGAGCCCGUGACCCCCCUCAUCUACUACAACGGGCAGAACGCCAGCGCCGCUGGCACCACUGGGGACGAGUGCACGGCCAAGACCUUCACCGUCAACUCCCAGACCGCGUACACCAUCCCCAUCUUGGCUUUCGCUUUCGUCUGUCACCCGGAGGUGCUGCCCAUCUACACAGAGCUGCGCAGGGCCUCGAAGCGGCGCAUGCAGAGUGUGGCAAACGUCUCCAUCCUGGCCAUGUUCUUCAUGUACCUGCUGACGGCCAUCUUCGGCUACCUCACCUUCUUCGGGAACGUCGAACCGGAAAUGCUGCACACUUACAGCAGGGUGGAUCCCCUGGACCGGCUCAUCCUUUGUGUCCGCCUGGCUGUGCUGAUGGCCGUCACGCUGACGGUACCCGUGGUGCUCUUCCCGAUCCGCAGAGCCAUCCAGCAGCUCCUCUUCCACGGGAAGGAUUUUAGCUGGGUUAGGCAUGUGAGCAUCGCUAUCUGCCUUCUGUUCGUGGUCAAUCUCCUGGUCAUCUUUGUCCCUAACAUCCGGGAUAUCUUUGGAGUCAUUGGAGCCACCUCCGCCCCCAGUCUCAUCUUUAUCCUCCCCAGCAUCUUCUACCUCCGCAUCGUUCCCAGAGAAAAAGAACCGCUGAGAUCCAGGCCAAAAAUCCAGGCUGCCUGUUUCGCUGCCCUCGGCUUCAUCUUCAUGGUGAUGAGUCUCGGCUUCAUCGUGGCUGACUGGGUGACGACUGGACGGAGCAGCGGUGGGGGGCACUGACCCACCCCUCUGCUGACCCCCAGCACAGACCAUGGACCCCACUGGGCCAGCUCAGGGGGCCCAGCCGUCGCUGGGGCAAGAGCACCGCCACCUCCCAUUGGCCCUCGCUCCACUGCAGCCGUGGCAACGCUGAGAGCAGCGCUAGGGCCCGCCCAUUGGCCAACUGUUACCACGGCAACGCUACAGACCCUGGCAGCAACUGGUGUCCAUGGGAAUGGUGCCAAGGCCCUUCCAUCGACUGUUACCGUGGCAAUGCUACAGCUCCUAGUUUCCAUGGAAACGGUGCAAAGGCCCUUCCAUCGGCCACCUGUUAGUGUGGCAACGCUACAGCUCCUGGCAGCGACCGGUGUCCAUGGGAACGGUGCCAAGGUCCUUCCAUCCGUCGACUGUUACCAUGGCAAUGCUACAGCUCCUGGCAGUGACUGGUUUACAUGGGAAUGGCACUAAGGCCCUCCUAUUUGCGCCAUGUAGUCAUGGUAGCCUCCCAUUUCCAUGGGACAAAGGUCCUGAUUGGGCCAUCGGUGCCAUGGCAACGGCAGGUUCCCCACGUCUACUGAGUCCCCUGACUACAGCGCAACUGGGUUCUCCUUAGCUCCCUGUUGCCGUGGCAACAUGGCAGGUUCCCGGUUGAACACCAGGCCUUUGUUGCUGUGACAACGUUUUGGCCACUGCUGGAGUGGGUGGGUGGGGGGUCCCCUAGCAACAGUUCCCUUCAGACAAUGCCUCCCACCUCUUUGGUUCCCAUGGCGACAGGAACACCCCCCCCUCACCCGCUUGUACUCAUUCUCUGGCGCCAGUCGAAGAGGGACUGUGAAUCCGACUGUGCCAGGGCGGGGGCCAGGUGGAUCCAUGACACUCUUAUUUAUUGCUCUUAUUUAAUUCGGAGCCAGCAGCCAGACCAAAGAGCGAUGCCGGGCUCACUGCUGGGGCCAGGAUCGUGGCCCCCCCCAGGACUCCAGGGUCCCAUCCCCAGCGACGGGGCCACAGCUCGUCCACAUUUUUGUGCCUCAGUUUCCUCACCGGGAGAUAGGGGCAUGUUCCCAUCCUGCUGAGGAUUAACUCUCAAGCAUCUGAAUUCUCCGGAGCCGGAGGAGACACUGUUACUGUUAUAGUAAUGGGGGAGGCAGGGGGUGAGCCUCCCGCGGGGCCUCAGGACUCCUGGGUUCUUCUGGGGAUGCCUGGCUUCCUGAGCGGGGGGAAGGGGGAGGGGAAGCCAUGCGCCUUCAGGCCUGUUUGCUGCCUGAGACAGGCCCCAGCCACGGUGCAGAAUUCACCCCACGUCAGCACCCUCUCCUCACCACCCAGGGGCGCCCCCGGCUGAGCCAGUCGAAUGCCCCCCUUUCAUCUGGGUGUCAGGGUGGGCGUUUAUCGAACCCUGGGUCUCCAGUCUCUUUUCAAACUACCUCACCACCCAGAGAGAGGCCCAGGCUCACUAAUGUUGCCCCCCUCAGCCCCUUCAGAGAGCAAAGGGUUAAGGAUGGGGCUAUCGGGGGGCACCCCCCUGAUUGCGGGGUGGGAGGCAAUCUGGGUACAGGUGCCCCCUCAGAGCCAGAGAACGCGCCAUCCAUCCUGUCGAGAAAGCCCGGGGCCUCCACUUCCUCCUCCAGAAACGUCUAGAUCUCGCCCCAAUGGCUCCUUCUCCCCUCCAGAAAAAUCCUUGUGCCUACAUGUUUUCAUCCAGAAACUGGUAUUUCCCAUGCCGGCGCCUCCAUCUCUCCUCUAGAAAAAUCCUGAUACCUCUGCUUCCACCUCCAGAGAGUUCUAGAUCCCAUCCCGGUGCCCCUCUCUCUAGAAAAAUCCCGAUGCCUCUGCUUUCGCCUCCAGCAAUCUCUAGAUCCCACCCCUGUGGUGCCGCCGUCUCUCCUCUAGAAAAAUCCCAAUGCCUCUGCUUCCAACUCCAGCUAUCUCUAGAUCUCACCCCAGUGGUGCCUCCAUCUCUCCUCUAGAAAAAUCUCAACGCCUCUGCUUCCGCCUCCA